AUGAAUCUUGUUCUCUGUCCUAUAAACUUGUUCCUCCAGUAUGGCAUUGCUAGCCUGCGUAUGGGCGCCGGGAUAUCAUUCUCAAAAUCGUCCCUAUCCGUCUGCGUAGCCACGAUGGGAUCCCGCCGCUGGACGGCAUCCUCGAAAAUGACGAGCGAGAUCCUCGCUUGCUUCCCAGAAAUUCGUUUCAAAACCGAAUCGUUGAACUUUCCCUGCUCCUUACUUUCAAACAAACUCACCACUCUAGGCACGAAAACAGCCUCGGAAGCCCCGAAUAACGUCACAGCAUUCUCCCGCAGUUUUCGCACUUGGUCCGUGAUCCCUCUUAACUCCCUCUUGCACCGCGUCGGGUUUGCUUGCACCCACCUCUGCACAGCUGUCGUCAGCCCUUUCGCGUCUUGCUGCAACAAUUCCCUCUCUUCUGCGACAAGUUUGAUAUGUCUUUGCAAGGUGGGGUCGAGUGGCAUUUUCCUGCUGAGCCAUGGCACGAAUAACGAGCGCUCGACAAAGUUAUGUAGUUUCCAGUUGUCUUCAAGUAUGUAG